AUGGCAACACCGAGCGUAGAAAGGGAACAAACCGAUCAAGAAACGCCACGAACUGUUCCAGAAACGCAACGGGAUCUUGUGAGGCGACUACUUGGUGAAGUGUCGGAAAUGCGGAAAGAAAAUCAACAACUGCAAAGUGAAGUGGCAACGUUAAAGGCUAACGUCACGAAGAGACGGCUCUUUCGACAACCCAAAGAUAAUGAUCCUGAAUGCUCUGUAAGUUAUCUCUUUUCAUAAAUAUUAUAAAAACAUAUUUGCCUUUCAACCAGUAUAACUUACGGUCAAGUCGCCCGAAAGUUAUCUCGCCCGAAACCAGAGUUCUGAGGGUUAAGCUUAAGCUUGUGUCGUCCGAUCGCGAAAUUUCUAGUUAAGUCGCUCGAGAUUUUAUCAUGCUCAACAGCAUCCUAAAAUCUUUAUCACGCUAGUUUCGUUUCCUCAAGAUCAAAUCUUAAAGAACGAGACGUAUUACUCUGAACUCAUUUAAAAUGCUUGUUUCGAUUCACCAACGCUUUAAAGAACGUGAUACCGUACGUCAGUUAAAUCGUGUGCACGUGACGAGAAAACAUGUCCUAAUUGGGUGCAAACAUGACGGGUUUUGCCGCCAAACAUUCAAAUAUAGGUAGGCGGCUCUUCGCACGUGAACCUCUUGAUUUGUUUUUGCCCACCAAAAUAUCAUUCGCAAACUUUUAGAUGUUCAAAGAAUAAUUCUAAAAAGCAAGUGUGUUAUUUCUGAGCAGGAAAUAUUCCUGACAAUUGAGAAAAAUAACAGAUGAGAACGUGCUGAUCAAAACCAUAUAAACAACUUUUAACCUUGGCGUGACAGUUUGCUCUAACAGCUGUCAAACAUGUUAAUGUUUGGUGGCAAAACAUCAUCGUCAUGUCUGUCACCCUGACAUGUUCUGAAAAUAAGCCCCGGGGCUUACAUUUUUCAAAGGUCCUUUUUGAGGGGCUUAUUUGUGGAGGGGCUUAUAUUCGGAGGGGCUUAUGUACGGACGGCAAUUUGCAUUUAAAAAUCGAUUGGUUAGCCUUAUUCUAGGUAGGAAAUUUACCGUUUUUCUUUGAUUACUUUGCAUUUGAGGGCAAUUUUCAAGUACAAGCCCCCCGGGAGCUUAUAUUUGGGGGGGGCGAUUUAAUGGAGGGUUUUUUGCGUUACGAUUUUGAGGGGCAUAUAUUAGGAGGCGCUUAUAGAUGGAGGGGCUUAUUUUCGGAAUUUUGCAGUAUUACAAAUUUAUCCUUGCAUCAUUCCUCAAAGAACGAGAUAUAUUAUAAAUGCUAUUUCCUUGAAUAAUAGCCAGGCCCUUGGGGAGAUUAUAAUUUUUUUUGUGUCAAAAGGGGGCAAUUAUUUGAGGGAGGUGAUUAUUUCAAAUAUUGCUGACUGAAAGUCUAGCCCUAAAUGUUCUGUUUUAUUAUCCAUUAAUAAAAAAAAUAGUCACAUCAAAUAAACUGAACUGAAUUUGGUUCCUUGAUUAAUUUUCAAUGUUAAUAUAGUUGAUAUCAGAGUUGAGGCAUCACUGAUGAUCAUUUUUGCUGGAUCACACCCCACGUCAGCUUUGUUUGUUAUCCAAGGUGUCACUUUUUAACUUGAUAAGGAGAGUUAACAAAAAGAGAUGGCGAGAGGGGUGGGGACGAUUGUUCAAGGGAGGCAAUUAAUUGAGGGACAGCUAUUAUUCUAAGAAGUGCAGUAAUUAUCCCUCUUGUUUUCUCACUCUUUUGCUUAAAGAACAAAAUAUAUUACAUACACUCUUUACUAAAAAUUCUGUGUGACAUAAAUUAGCAUUUCGGACAACUUAACUACAAAUUUCAAGCGACAUAACUCUGGUUUCAGGUGGGAUGACUUUUGAGCAACUUGACUAGUUCUCAGCAGAGUCUGUUAGCCUGUGGGAGGGCUUGCAUUAGUGUUUGCUUUUUAUUCAGUGCUAUAUUUUAUACUUUUUUCAAGAACCAGAAAAAGUGUGGAAAAUAGAAAAAAGGCGGGAGCUUUUUUUGUUUUUGUUUUGUUUUUUCAAAGCUACAGUGAGUGCUUGAUAGGUGAAUUUUUUUUGCCGUAGUCAAAUCCUAUUCAAUUUCACCCUUAGCCAUGACAUUUAAUCUCAGAAUGAGAAGUUUCAUAAUUCUCUUACGUCUACAUUGCACCUUGUUUACCGUACGUUUGCAGUGCACCAUGAAAAAAGCUUGGUUCCUGCGGUUUUCAAGGUCUUCAUUGUCACCUAUUUGGUGCCUUGAAGUCUGGAAAAAUGAACUAUUAUUUUUGGAAAAAGUCUUGAAAAAGUCUUGAAUUUAGGAUCCAAGAAUCUGUACUGACACUGCUGAUGUGUGGACUUGCUGCUGAUGGUCGUUGCUUGUAUACAUGUAUACAUUCUUGAAUUUAAACAAGAUGCUUAGACUGAUGUGCUAUAGAUGUUAAAUUAGUUUUAAUCAGUCUAUAACGUGUUGUGAUUUGAGUUUUGUUAUAUUAAAAGCAUAUAUUUUGUAUUUCCCUUUUUUCUUGUUUAUUACAAAAUGGAAGAAUGCCAUCCGCAAAGUUUAUCAAGAAUUUAAAAAGGAUCAACAAGAGAAUGAGGAAAACCAGCAAGUAUUUGAUUUGAGUGCAAGGUAAAUCAUUUUCUGAACUCUGUAUGUAUAUAGUUAUGUGAUUUUUGCAAAAAAGAGAAUACAAAUUGACCACUGGCAACACACCACCCUGCAAUAUUCCCUGCAGAAACUGCAAUAUUCAGGAGUUGAAACCAUUCAAGAAAUCCAAUUGCAGUGUAGAGGGAACGAAAGCAACCAUGGCAGCAAUGCCUACAAAAAUGCAACUCAAAAAACCAACUUCACUUAAUACUAUUCCACUGUUAUCCCCAAUACUGAGCUCAAUGUGCAUUUUGUGGCAAAUAAGAAUUUAAAAUUUUACUCAAGGAUUUGAAGUGUUAAGUGGCUUUAUGGUUUUUUUUUAAGGUUUUAAUACCUCCCAAGCUUGUGCAUAGACUACUGGAAAAACUAUUACCACAACUGUAUUGCACUGGACGAAAAAACGGAUUUGCCUAAGUUUGCUAGUUGAGCAAAUCUAUUGUAAAUUUAGGGUACUAAUGUUGCUACUUAUUUGUUCUUGGUGCAAAUUUUGUUCGAAAGUGAAAGUUUACUUUUCUGCAAGGGUGGCGUAAAUGUGGAGUAAAUAUCAAGUUUACAGAUAUUUUGUUUCACUUUUGCUCCCCAUAGUAAAUUUGGUGUUUAGAUUCAAAUUUGCCGCCAUUUUGUUCUCUGUGUAAAAAUCGAACGUCAAAAAUGAAUGUUUGCUUGAUAUUUUCUGGCAUAGCAAAGUUACUGUGUAAAUUUAUGGUUAUUAGAGGCGUAAAUUUAAGCAAAAUAUGAUCAAAGAACUAUCUUUACGACCACUUUAACCAACGUUUGCACAUUUACCAAACUUCACAGCGUUAUUUCACGCAAGUUUUGAUUUUCCAUUGCCUCGUUUCAAUCACCAUCACAUUCUUCUCAAAGUUUAUCAUAUUACUUGCUGCAGCUGGUUAUUUCGGGUAAGGCCAUCCCCUCUUUUUUUUCGUUUAGCGUCGAAUACGUUUCCUGAUAUUGGGUCGGUGGCUCGAAAAAUUGCGCAAGAAGUCUCGGAAUAGGAGGCCCUGACGUAAAACGUUACCAUUUACAAUCUGGGUGAACAAAAUGCACAAUAUGUGAAAGGUUUGAACCCAGGAGUCGCUUCAAUAGUAGAUUGCAGAGUUUCAUCGUCCGGGUGAAUGUAGUCCUGAAUGCACUCCGUCGCAAGAUCAGCCGCCAUGUUUGUUAUUUCCCAGGCUUCUACGUGACUUCGGCACUUCAGGGCGGAAAAACGUUCUGCGCAAGCUUCUGCGCAUCCCUUAUUGCAGGCUCAAGGCGGGCUUUUCUGUGUGUUGAUUGUGUUCGUUUGUUGCUGGAGUUCUGAGUGAACUGCACGAGGUGCGAACGUUUGCUCCCUCUAAAGCAUUUUUAUUUGACAUGUUUGCUUUUUUUUCGUCGCUUGAAAAUUACUUUGGAUUCAGAACAACCAAUGUUAAAGGAAAAACGGAUCAUUCCGUCAGUCUGAGGUGGAAUAAAGGGUUUUGAACAUUUCUUAAGAGGCGAGUAUUUUUCUGAUUGUGCAUCCGAUUAAUUUAUGAGUUGAUCUCGCCGGGUUGAAUUAAAACCCGCUUGUAUUCUGUUAUUAGUAGUUACGGUUACUUUUUUUACACGCCCAGAUUUAUUACCUUUGCAGAACCAGCUUUAUCUUUGUCGUCAGUCAAAGAACCAUAUUGCUGUUAUAACGCAUCAGAGUGAACAAACUUGUGCGCUUAUUAAACUUUCUCGGAAAUAGAAGGCCAGCAAGCUUGCUCAGGAUUAUUUUUCUGUUGCUCAAGUAAUAGUAGUCAGAGUUUUUUCAUUUUCCAUUACAUUGUUUUGUUUUCUAGUGCACUGUAAAAGUUUCUGUUCUUUAUAAGAAUAACUUCCUGUACGCAAAUUGUCCUUUUCACUCGCUGUGAAGUAGAGAACGACAACUGCCGGCAGUGACUUCAAAACAAUUGACUCUUUUCCCGUAAACAACGGCUGCAGCUAAAUUUGAGCAAAACAAACCCUUAUAUGCAAUUUUCUGUAUUUUCUAAUGAUCGGCUGAGUUUAAUUUGCUUCAACGAAGACCCUCGCAUGGACCAGUUAAGCUUAAAAUAGCUAAAUGGUGAAUCAUGGCUUGGCUGCCAAGUUGCAACUCAUCUUUUGCUUUUAAGAUCUUAAGGUAGGUUGUUUUCGUACAGAAAAUUCAUUUCUUCAUUGUCAGCAAGAAGUUUUUGCAACAAUGUAACUUUAACUUUGUUUGAACGAAAUCCUACUUACGCGUAGGUUUUUGACAGAUGUUAUGCGUGUUCAACUUGACAACACAAAGCAAAAUUUAUAUAUCUCGAUAUCUGCGCGAAAUGAGCAAGUUUAAAAAACUAUAGUUGCUUUAAAACCGAUUUUUGGGAAGAUUUUACUAGAUAAAGAUUGACCUUUUUUCUGCCCACAUAAAGGCAACGCAAUAACUUUUACAUUGAGGAUUUUGUUUAUACUUUAGUGAUCUGCGAAACUACGAGUAUCCGAUCGAGCGAGGGUUUUAAAAUAUCAGCUCGAGUGCGACAAAGUUCAGUGACUUCAAACACAUUGUGGGCAAGCGUUAAUUUUUUUGGGCAAAUCACUGUCCAAAGAUAUGUUGUUUUUGUGUCCACAGUGGAGCUCCGGACCUUAUAUAUCCAGGAUCUUCCUUAUAUGAGCACAUUUUGUGAAUGCAUCUCGAAAAAAAUCGGACACACGCAUGCACAUUUCCAGUAGAACGCAACGAAAUCAAUGUCGUUAAAGUCCGUUUUACUAUGAGGUGUUCUUCGAGAAAAUUUACUAACGACAAGGUUAUAACCACAGCUUGCAACUUUUGAAGACAAAUUGCCUGUUCUUUCCAGGUUAUGAGUGGAAACAUUUUAUUUUUAGGCAAUAAAAUAUUUGAAAUCCCGCCAUUUUUUCAAACCCGGCCGGGGGAUCUGGGCAAAAAAGUUCGCGCAUGCUCAUUACGUUUUUCCGCCCUGAACUUCGGCACAUGCGCGAUUCGAUUUACAUUGUCACGUGCGGCUUUUGAACCAAUAGAAUAGUGUAAAAUAAACUUUCGUUGAACAGUUCAAAUUCACGCGGACUUCACAAGCGAUACAGCGUUGCAAAACGAGUAGUUUUGUUAUUUUCGGAUAAUAGAAAGCCUGUCUUUCUAUUCAGCUGUUCUAUUACGAUUUAUACCUUUGUUAUUUUCGAGAGACAGUGAUCAGUUGCGAUAUUCUUCACAUAUAUAAAGCCUGUUUCCAAGUCAUCAACUCAGCUGGAUUGCAGAAAGGUAUGUUCUUCUUGAUAUCGUGGUUCGUUUACUUACUUUGGUUUUCUAAUAACUUUGCGUAAGCUUAAAACCUCAAAGAUAAAUCUUAAAAUUUAAGAUGCAUGCACAGAUAUGCCAUUGAUUGAUUCCUUUUUGUUUACUGCAGAAAUAACUGUACUCUUUGUUGCGCAUCGUCUUCAUUAAUGGAAUAAUCUUAAGUAGCCAGAUCUUGAGCUGUGCAGGCAAACAUUUCUUUUACACCAACAUAAGUCGGUGAUGUGACCUUAGCAUGCCCAUAAUUCAGUAAUUUGGCUUGUUGUACAGCUGAGUUAAUAUGUUAGAUCUUUGUCAUGGGGUUACUGUACUUUUCAGGUGACAGCACUUGACAAAGCAGUGAUCACUAUAAUUUAUUAUUUAAUAUUCUACUGCAUUUCAAAUGACAAAUGAUUAAUUUUUCCUUUUAAAAUUUUUACAGUAAAAAACUCUUGUUUUACAUCUAUACAUAAUUAUGGUUCAGUGAUAUUCUGAAAUCUUAAUUUGGUUCAUUUUGCAAGUGACGGCAUAAGUUUGCCAGAUCUUGAAGCAUAUGUGUCAUUCUGAGUGACCAUUAUAUUGUAUUAUUGUUCCACAUUUAAAUGACAAAUGAUUCCUACGUUCAUAAAUUGUACCAUCCAAAGCUCUUAUGGUUUAUACAUAUGGUUCAGUGAUACUGUGAGAUCUUAAUUUUGGUUCAUUUUGCGAGUGACGGCACUUGCCAGAUCUUGAAGCCUACAGUAUGUGUCAUUCUGAGUGACCACUGUAUUAUUAUUCCACAUUUAAAUGACAAGUGAUUCUUAUUUCAUAAAUUGUACCAUCCAAAACUCUUAUGGUUUAUACAUAUGGUUCAGUGAUAUUGUGAGAUCUUAAUUUUUUUUCAUUUUGUGAGUGACCGCACUUGCCAGAUCUUGAAGCCUAUGUGUCCCUCUGAGUGACCACCGUAUUAUUGUUCCACAUUUAAAUGGCAAUUGAUUCUUCUUUCAUAAAUUGUACCAUCCAAAACUCUUAUGGUUUAUACAUAUAGUUUAGUGAUAUUGUGAGAUCUUAAUUUUGGUUCAUUUUGCGAGUGAUGGCAUAUGCCAGAUCUUGAAGCCUAUGUGUCAUUCUGAGUGACCACCGUAUUAUUGUUCCACAUUUAAAUGACAAGUGAUUCUUCUUUCAUAAAUUGUACCAUCCAAAACUCUUAUGGUUUAUACAUAUGGUUCAGUGAUAUUGUGAGAUCUUAAUUUUGGUUCAUUUUGCGAGUGACGGCGUAUGCCAGAUCUUGAAGCCUAUGUGUCAUUCUGAGUGACCACCGUAUUAUUGUUCCACAUUUAAAUGACAAGUGAUUCUUCUUUCAUAAAUUGUACCAUCCAAAACUCUUAUGGUUUAUACAUAUGGUUCAGUGAUAUUGUGAGAUCUUAAUUUUGGUUCAUUUUGCGAGUGACGGUGUAUGCCAGAUCUUGAAGCCUACAGUAUGUGUCCUUCUGAGUGACCACCAUAUUAUUGUUCCACAUUUAAAUGACAAGUGAUUCUUCUUUCAUAAAUUGUACCAUCCAAAACUCUUAUGGUUUACACAUAUGGUUCAGUGAUAUUGUGAGAUCUUAAUUUUGGUUCAUUUUGCGAGUGAAGCCUAUGUGUCAUUCUGAGUGACCACCGUAUUAUUGUUCCACAUUUAAAUGACAAGUGAUUCUUCUUUCAUAAAUUGUACCAUCCAAAACUCUUAUGGUUUACACAUAUGGUUCAGUGAUAUUGUGAGAUCUUAAUUUUGGUUCAUUUUGCGAGUGACGGCGUAUGCCAGAUCUUGAAGCCUAUGUGUCAUUCUGAGUGACCACCGUAUUAUUGUUCCACAUUUAAAUGACAAGUGAUUCUUCUUUCAUAAAUUGUACCAUCCAAAACUCUUAUGCUUUAUAAAUAUGGUUCAGUGAUAUUGUGAGAUCUUAAUUUUGGCUCAUUUUGCGAGUGACGGCGUAUGCCAGAUCUUGAAGCCUAUGUGUCAUUCUGAGUGACCACCGUAUUAUUGUUCCACAUUUAAAUGACAAGUGAUUCUUCUUUCAUAAAUUGUACCAUCCAAAACUCUUAUGCUUUAUAAAUAUGGUUCAGUGAUAUUGUGAGAUCUUAAUUUUGGCUCAUUUUGCGAAUGACAGCACUUGCCAGAUUGUGAAGCAUAAGUGUCCUUCUGAGUGACCACCGUAUUAUUGUUCCACAUUUAAAUGACAAUUGAUUCUUCUUUCAUAAAUUGUACCAUCCAAAACUCUUAUGGUUUAUACAUAUGGUUCAGUGAUAUUGUGAGAUCUCAAUUUUGGUUCAUUUUGCGAGUGACGGUGUAUGCCAGAUCUUGAAGCCUACAGUAUGUGUCCUUCUGAGUGACCACCGUAUUAUUGUUCCACAUUUAAAUGACAAUUGAUUCUUCUUUCAUAAAUUGUACCAUCCAAAACUCUUAUGGUUUAUACAUAUGGUUCAGUGAUAUUGUGAGAUCUUAAUUUUGGUUCAUUUUGCGAGUGAAGCCUAUGUGUCAUUCUGAGUGACCACUGUAUUAUUGUUCCACAUUUAAAUGACAAGUGAUUCUUCUUUCAUAAAUAUUGUACCAUCCAAAACUCUUAUGCUUUAUAAAUAUGGUUCAGUGAUAUUGUGAGAUCUUAAUUUUGGCUCAUUUUGCGAAUGACGGCACUUGCCAGAUCGUGAAGCAUAAGUGUCAUUCCAAGUGACCACUGUAUUACUGUUCCACAUUUUAGAUGACAAUACCUCAUUAUUUAUACCUUUUGUACAGCUCAAUGAUGUUGAGGGAUCUUUGUUAAUUCAUUUUGCGAGUAAAUGCUUUGGCUUUAUCAUGCCAAAUAACCACAAUUAAUUAAUUAUUGUUCUAAGCAACAUGUGGGUUGCCUUAAUGUUACGUUUCUCAGGUUCUGACCAGUUUUACGGUUUAUGUGUACAGUUGAGUCAUGGCUGUGCUCUGUUAGAGCCUGGUGACCUGUGGGACACUAUCAGUUCUGCUCUUGAAUGACAGGGGAAUUAAUUUAUUUCAGUUUUUAUUUACACUUAAAAGAGUCUUAAUGAAACAAAUGCAGAUUCAACAGAAAGAAGCAUUUCUGCUCUCUACUUUAACACCUGUUCCAAAAAACAUAUUAUAUAUUAAAUGAAAAAGUUAGUAGGAAUAAAAUGCAGAGAGAAAUUUUUCUCACAAAUAUCCUCAAACUGUUCCUUUGAUUAAGAGAGUGUUUUCAGCUUUUAGCAUCGUGUCAUUGUUCUGCAACCCAAUCAUUUACACUGAGUAUGAGCAGUAUAUGCUUGUUUACCAACUGUGGGUUACUUGUUGGCUGCUAAAUCAUGGCUCUUCAUUUUUCUUUCAGAAGGGCCAAUAUGCUCUGAGGGAGUCAACUAGCAUCAGUUAGUCAGACAAGGACAAGUACCUUGCAUGUAUGUCCGUUGCAUAUAAUUAUGUCAUCAGAGGAGUCUUUGUCUGAAACAGCUGUUUCAGAGUGGCAUGAAGGUAAUUCUUCAGGUUCAGAUGAGGACCUCCCAAACAGGGAAAAUCUCUGUGUAAGGCCACUUUCCUGGCAGAGCAUUGAGGUUAAUGGUUUAAUGGCCCAGUUGGACCGCAAAGUUGCAUGGUGUCAAAGCCAAUGAAGUGAAAAUUUGCCAUCUUUGCAGAGCUGUCCUUGUUAGUUUGCACCGAAUCCCUCUGUAACUUGGCAACUUUACUGAAUUUUAAAAACCUUCCAUCUAGUAGCCUGUAAAUGCAGCGGUAUUUUCAGUCGUUGUGUCCAUUCACCCAACAUAUGUAAUUGGAGAUACAUCUGCAUCCACUUUCCGCAGUGAUGACAGAUCCUAGGGCUACCCUAAGCGCUGCCUUAAAUAGUGCCACUCCGAGGACUAAAUCUAGCCAAUACACCCCAUAGUAGAGUAAUUACUGGACUCCAAAUGCCAUGAUCCUAUUUUGUUCUUGGCAUAUUUUAUGAAAAAAGAGUGCAGUUAUGUUUUAUGCACAAAAAAAAAAUACCGUGUGUGAUAACAGUUUUUUGAUAAGCAUGGCUUAAAUUUUAAUCACCUGCAUGCCAAUAACAAUAAUGAUGAUGAUGAAUUAAAGAGCUUUCAUAGUGUAUAGAUUGUGUUUGGAUAAUUUGGAUAUUUAAUCAGUCCAAUACUGCAAGCAAAACAGCUGAUCAUGUGAAUCAGAAAAAAAUUGCUCAAAUUUUUAGCAAAUAAUUUGAUUUUAGUUAAAAAAAAUAAAUGUAAUAAAUUAUUUAUGGUCACAUAAUAAUACAAGAAUUUCACCAAAUCAUAUUAUUUACAGUGAUAUAAUAAUAAUAAUAAUAAUAAUAAUAAUACAAGUAUUUAACCAAAUCAGUGGAUAUUAGAUUUGUUUUCAUAACUUGAAAAGCUUUUGGCUACCUAUAGGAUGAGAGUAAAAUUGGGGGUGUCAUUUCGUGCUAGUUUUAGAAGUUUAGCAGUAAAUGAAGCACUGGUAAAAUAAAAUACAUGUACAUGCUAAAAAGGUGACAAAAUUAACCUUAUAAGUGUUUACUGCUGGGUAAAAAUAUAUCAAAGUCGUACCCAAAUCAUAGAAAUGCACAGAGCUUUCGCAUAGUAACUCGUUUUAUUUACAAGAAAUAUUUUUAUAUAUAACUGAUUUGGUUAAAGAUGAUUCAUACAGAUGUAUCUCCCCUUGGGGUAAGUGAAUAGCACUAGGUACACUAUAUAAUAUUAUUCACUGCCCAUUUUGGGUAGUGGAUAAUAUUUAUCAGAUGAAAACAAGUUCUUAUAAAUAAUAAUUAGAGGAAUAUCGCUUAUCAUAAUAAUUUGAGGCUAAUUUUAUUUCCAGUGGUUGAUGUUCUGUCCAUUAGUAAGGAUGUCACAUCUACACUGGGAGUGAUGUGUACGUGUUGUCAUCGUACAACCAUUUGCCAAUAGUAUCAAUUGAAUCUAGAAAGAGUAUAUUUGAAGUAUACCACUCAAAUGGAGUUACGUUUUACCUGUACCAACCUUAGAUAAUUAUGAACCAGCUGGUGUUGACUUGCACUUUCAAACCCAAUGUACAUUCUUACACACUUAUGAAUUUAGAUAGUUUCACAUUGUAUGUGCUUUUUAUUUAAAGGCAUAUAUUUUGUGGUACAUGCAGUGCCCUGCAGAGGCCAAUGGAACUUUCUUUUAAUUUAUCUUUCUUUUUAUUGUACAGUGUAUAUUAAAGAUAAUAAAGUCAUUUUAUUCUUUAAAUUUUGUUUGGUGUCUAAAUUGUUUGUCAGUCAUUUAUGGUAUGGUAUUUUAAUCAACUUUGUUUACCUUACUUAAAGUAUGGAAAACUGCUAUCAUGGCAAUAUUUGCCAUCCUGAACAAAGACACAGAAGAACUGAUAUUUUGAUCAACUUUGCUACAAUGGGGAAAAGUAUUGGAAACUACUGUUUUGAUCAUAUCUGCCAUCCCGAGCAAAAUUGAGAAUAAAGUGGUAUUUGGCCAAAUUUGCUACCCUGAGCAAAACAGUGGCAAACGCCUAUUUUGAUCAUAUUUGCCACACUGAGCAAAGAUACGGAAGAAGUGAUAAUUUGACCUCAUUUACUACACAUGGCGAUACACAAAUAAAGUGAAUUUUUGCUCAGAUUUACUAUCCUGGGCAAAACUGUUGAAAAAUGAGUUUUGGUCACUUUUGCUACAUUGAGCAAAAAUGUGGCAAAUUACUACUUUGACCGAAUUUGCUAUAGAGAGCAAAAGCAUUCAAAAAUUCAUCUUCGAUCGCUUUUGCCCAUUUGGGCAAAAACCUGACAAAUGUCAGUUUUGCUAUCAAGUUUGACACCCCUGUAAAUGCUUUGAUAAAGUAAAGGUUAUCCUUGUUUUUACACACGGGGCAAAUUUGAGGCAAAUUCGGCAUUUACCACCUUUGCCACUAAUGCAAAAUUAUGGCAAAGUUGGUCCUGUGUCAUGUGGCAAAAUUGAGCAAAAUUAAGCAAAUGUGGCAUUUGCAGAUGAUUUGCUCCAAAUUUGCUAUAGAGGUAAAUCCGUUUUUUCGUCCAGUGUUGAGAGUGGGGGGGGGGGCUUAUUUGAUUUAGCGAAACGCAUCACCAGUAGCAAAAAUACCAUAGUAAGAGACAGAGUAGACUUAAGUGUUGUACAAGUCACUGUCAACAGUAUUUAAUUUACUUGUGGGAGAGAGCAUGAAGUUGAAGGUCACGCCCGCAGCCCAAGGCCAAAGACAAUAUGAACUUCCACAAUAAGGAUGGAGGGGAAGGGGGCCUUAUUAACUUUUCUCCUCUGAAAAGGGGAGGCUUAUUACAGAGGGGGGCCUUAAUAGAGGAUCGGUAAUUAACGAUAAACCUUUUGUUAAUCUAACAUAUAACAUAAAAGAGUGAAAAAACAAUCGCUCAUUGUCUUCAAAACUUGCAUACCUUUCCACCCAUGCUAAUGGUGGGAACAGGUGACAAGAAAAAGUUUCAACCCCGUGAAAUGAUCUUUCAAGUCACGCAAAGACCAGGCUUUUUAGCUUUUAAAAAUAUACCAUAUUUCAAUAGCAUGACAUAGCCCCACUACAAUUCAUCUGUUUUUGCCCAUUUUAAUUUGCUUACCGACUUAUGAUAGGACAGAGUAUACAAAGCAAAGUAUAUUUUGUAGGUUGUGUAAUUAGACGUCAUGCGUCAUUUCGCACACUGAUGGGAGAGUUAAACAAAUUUGUUACUGCUAUUCAGAUUUGGUUUUGUUAAUCGUUUUCUUGUAUCGUGUUUUAGCUUCGACAGCCCAGGAAAUCAGGAUGUGGCCAAGAGGGUUUUAUGUGAAGUGCGAUCACUUUACGGCAAAGGCAAGUGGAAGAAGGCUGUCAUUAGAGGUGAGCAUAUUUCCUUGAUAUUCAAGAGCUGUUAGUUGUGGUGAGCGUGGCAUAUCGAGUCAAAACUCUUUGCAAUUUUUACAGAUGCCGUUCGUAAACACUGGAGAUCUAUUCGAGACGACGAGACAAGAAAAGCCAAAGGAAAAUUUGAGGAGCACCGGCGACAAGCAAAGCGUAGCAAUCGUUUAAAGAGGGUGAGUAUAAGAACCUACUUAAACCUCGACCAAACGUUUAACCGGAUGGAAUAGACACAAAUUUCCCGUUAAGUUACUACAUUGCACAUAUGUAUUUUGUAGUAAACGUUACACCAAUUGACCACACUGCAGCUGUGCGUCGAUUAAACGUGAACGGUUUAAAGAGUAAGAUAUUUUUCUCUCUCAUCAUUUGUCUAGAAACUUUCAAGACGCCUCUCCAGUCUUGAAAAUAACACUGCCCUUUCAGAAGGGGACAAGGUCAAGGCCAGGGAGAUUUUGUCAUCCCCUUAUGCGGUGGACUAUAUGUCGUCAGAGGAAAGUGAUCCGGGGGAUACGACAGAGGAACGAUCAAGAGGCCCCAAGCCAAGAAAGAUCAAAAAGCUGUCGUGGGAACGAAGCAAACUAAAAAACAUCAAAGAAAUACUGGACGAAUGUUAUUUGUCAGGGCUUAAUGCUAAGCAGCGUAGGACCAGCGCGCGUGUAAGCAGAUGCGAAGAAGUGUCUCCACGGCCUUGCCCUGUUGAUGGCCCUCGUUGGGCAGUUCGCAGUCAGUGA